GCCCCCGCCCCCUCUGAUGAUCGCGACAAUGACGCGGGCAUCACUUUAGGACGCUAACCGGACGGCGCGGCAACAAAUUACAUUUGCGUUUGGAUUGAACGCCCGCCAUUGUAUGUGAGACCUGCCACUGGUACGUGACGAAGACGCUCCGUGGCAGUGUCGGGAUGAUCGGUAGCGAGCCAGGAGAGGAGCAACACCGAGAGAGUAGUCUAUCAUUAGCGGGAGCCCAGAGAGGGAGAUAAUAGGUGCCAUGGCUUUAAUGAAAACAGCUUUACUUGUCUGUCUGCAAUAUGUGCUUCAGCCCGCCGCCUGCCGCGAAGUAACCGUCCCCAAGGGACCCUUGUACCGCGUGGCCGGCUUCUCCCUCUCCCUGCCCUGCAACGUCUCCGGCUACGAAGGCCCACGCACGCAAAACUUUGAGUGGUAUUUGACCAGGGACGACUCUGGCGACAGGCAGAUGGGAGUGGUGUCCACCGCAGACGAAAGCUUCCCCUACAAGCCCUUUCAAUCCCGGGUGGCAAAUGGAGAGGUGAGGGUGGACCGUGACUCGGGGGACAAGGUACGACUGGUGGUCCAGAAGCUCCGCACAGACGACCAGGGGGCGUAUGAGUGCACGACGCCCAACACCGACAGUAAAUACUUGGGUACCUACGGUGCAUCUGUCGUCGUUAAAGUAAUCCCAGACACGCUCCAGAUCAGCUAUACCCGUUCCCUCGCCGGCCAGCCCGUACCGGAGGGUGCAGAACUAACUCUGACCUGCUCGGCCACCAUCCGCUCCGAGCAGCUCACCCACCUGUCUGUCACCUUUGGGAAGCGAGGUGGCCAAGUGGGCUCCGAUGGCGGUGGCGCGGAGGCGAGCACCAUGCAGGAAAUCGUCUCCAUCGACAAGCUUCUGGGCGUGGUGUCGGGAAGCGCCUACAGGAAGCGCUACGACGACGGCGAGCUCACGCUGGAGAAGCGCAACGGGGAGGGCGGCCAGGGCGUGUACGUGAUGAAGAUGAGAGCGCUGCAGCCAGACGACAGCGGUUCUUAUUACUGUGAGGCCGCACAGUGGAUCCGGGACCUGGACCGCACCUGGCAGAAGAUUGCACACAGGACGCUGGACAUAGGCAACCUGACUGUUCAACCACUCUCUCAGUCUAUGAGUGUGGAGUCAUCCCCCAAUGGCCAGGUGACCCUGCAAGUGGGCUCACCUGUGCUGCUGAGCUGCCAGAUCAACGGGCUGCCUUCUGACGGCAACUCUGGCAUGCUGGUUCAGUGGAUGAAGACCAGCAAUGCGGGUGUGGAGGUGGAGGUGUGCCGUAUGAGCCCAGAGGGUGUGGUCAGUUGGGGCGACGACCUGAGCCGAUCCAGCGGAGGCUCGCUGGAGAAAGUGUCUGAGGGGAAAUAUUCCCUCAAGUUGUUCUCCGCCCGUCCCUCGGACUCGGGCGAGUACACGUGCGUGGUGAGUGUGUACGCAGGAAGAAGGAUGCCCGCUGCGUCUUCCGCCGCCACCAUCAGUCAGCGGUCAGAGGGCGUCACCGUCAAUCUGAAGAGCAAAGACGUUCUGGUGGCCGCCGUGGCUCAGCUGCCCCGAGGCCCGCUGCUCAAACGAGGCAGCACCGUCACCCUCAUCUGCAACGUCACCGUGACGACCACAGGCCCCGCCCAAGCUCAGGUGCGGUGGCUGCGACGGCCCGUCCCGGAGAUCAAGACGGGCGACGACGGGCCGACGGAAGCCGCGGCCGCCGAGGUGAUCCCUGAAAUGGUGGCCGCCCUCAUGUAUGACGGCGUGGUCAGCAUCUACAAUGGCAGCAGCGAGGUCAGCGUGGACCGCUUGUCUGCUGGCCAAUACCGUCUGAGGAUCCACACCGCCACCGAUCAAGACCAGGGUCUGUACGCCUGCCACGCCGAGGCCUGGAGCCAAGACCCCCAUGGAGGGUGGUACAACACCGGCGCCAAGGCGGAGUCCAACACCGUCACCGUCUACUUGUAUUCUCGAGCUGGCGACCUGCUCCUCAUCCCUCUGGUGGCGGGCGCGGGCGCUGCCUUGUUAGUGGGCGUGGUCAUCAUCGCCACGGUAACGUGCUGCUUCAUGUCGCGUCUGGCCAAGCAGCGCGCUCACAAGUAGUUUGUUCGCCAAGACACUCGGCGAGCGGCCGACGGCGAAAUUUCACAACGUGUCAAAUGUCAAAACCUUUUUCUUUCUUUUUUUCUACGGGUUUUGUUUUUCUACAAAGAUGUAAAUGUUGUGUCCACUUAAUGAGCCACUUGUGUGACACUGCCUGCAGCUUCCUGCUAAAUACUGAGUACUGAGUACUUGAUGGAAAAGCACUGAGCUGAAGAUGUGAACAUGAACAUCUUCCAUCUUCUUCCUGUAAACACUUCCAUAGUGACUGCCUAUUUACUCAACUGCAGAGAGUAGCGGGCACGUCUUUGAAGCAAGGUGUGUGUUUGGAAAGUUGUCUGUUGGUUGGUUGGUUAGCAUUCUUACUCACGCUUUUACUGCCUCGCGUUACCAGUUUUUAUUUUCUUUCAUUCUUGCUUUUAAGGUGCGUACGCCUGCGAAAAUUACUAAAAAAGUUAGCAUGCUAACAGUUAGCAUGUGUCACGUACCAAGUUAUAUGACUCUUGACGUGCACGGCGGUAAAAUUGGCCCUAAAAGUUAGCAUUCUAACAGUUAGCAUGUGUCACGUAACCAAGUUAUAUUAUAAAGAGUGUGAAAUUAGUUAGCAUUCUAAGAUUACAAUGCUAACAGUUGACAAAUGUGGGUUAUGCUGAAGUUUGUAUAUUGCCUGUUUAUUUUCAGUGCGGAAAAUGUUUUGGUAAUUUCCGGGUAAUCCGGGAAUUUAAGGAACUGGGAAACAUAUUGCCUUAAAUGUCCAGGAUGAGUGGUAUGUUGGAACGGUUCGCAUAAUCUAGCGUGCUAACGUUAGCAUGCUAACACAUUUUUUGGUAAUUUCCGGGUAAUCCGGGAAUUUAAGGAACCUGGAAACAUAUUAGUUUAAAUAUCCGGGAUGAGUGGUAUGUUGGAACGGUUCGCAUAAUCUAGCAUGCUAACGCAUUUUUUGGUCAUUUUCGGGUAUUCUGGGAAUUUAAGGAACUGGGAAACAUGGUUUAAACAUCCAGGAUGAGUGGUAUGUUGGAACGGUUCGCAUAAUCUAGCAUGCUAACGCAUUUUUUGGUAAUUUCAGGGUAAUCCGGGAAUUUAAGGAACUGGGAAACAUUGUCUUAAAUGUCAAGGAUGAGUGGUAUGUUGGAACGGUUCGCAUAAUGUAGCGUGCUAACGUUAGCAUGCUAACACAUUUUUUGGUAAUUUCCGGGUAAUCCGGGAAUUUAAGGAACUUGGAAACAUAUUAGUUUAAAUGUCCGGUAUGAGUGGUAUGUUGGAACGGUUCGCAUAAUCUAGCAUGCUAACUCAUUUUUUGGUAAUUUUCGGGUAAUCCGAGAAUUUAAGGAAUUGGGAAACAUGGUUUAAACGUCCAGAAUGAGUGGUAUGUUGGAACGGUUCGCAUAAUCUAGCAUGCUAAUGCUUUUUUUGGUAAUUUCCGGGUAAUCCGGGAAUUUAAGGAACUGGGAAACAUAUUGUCUUAAAUGUCCAGGAUGAGUGGUAUGAUGGAACGGAUCGCAUAAUCUAGCAUGCUAACGUUAGCAUGCUAAUUAAUUUUUUGGUAAUUUCUGGGAAUUUAAGGAACUGGGAAACAUGGUUUAAACGUCCAGGAUGAGUGGUAUGUUGGAACGGUUCACAUAAUCUAGCAUGCUAACGCAUUUUUUGGUAAUUUCUGGGUAAUCCGGGAAUUUAAGGAACUGGGAAACAUUGUCUUAAAUGUCCGGGAUGAGUGGUAUGUUGGAACGGUUCGCAUAUUCUAGCAUGCUAACUUUUGAGCUAAUGUCACACCUUUUUAGUUAAUUUCGCAGCCGUACACCUUAGUCACACGAUUUGAUACGUAACGCAUGCUAACAUGAGCAUGCUAACCAUUUUUAGCUAAUGAGGCGUAGCUAAAUUAGCUUUAAAUUGGAGGAGACACAAUGUUUGUUUAUUUCCCUGAAGGAUGAUGAACCAAUCUGACGUUAGCAUUGUGGCAAGAUAGUAAGACACAAGCAUUGUUGCAUUUAAAGAGAAGUAUUUUGGGAGUAAACUGUCCUUGUGUGCAUGAUUUUCUUUGUUGAUGUUUUUAAUUUAUUGAUAUUUUGUGCAUGUGCUGCCAUCAAGUGACGGACAAACGAGUGAGUUUGUUGUGAAAUGUCACUUUUCUGUCCCUGCUCACCUGUCCUGUCCUAAAUCCUGAUUAUUCAUGUUGCUAAUGAACAUUGGGGACUAAAAUAAAAGACUACCGCUUUGCAUGGUGAGUCCACGUUGGCGUGAUGUACGUGCACGCCACAGCGCUGGCUGCUUUCCAUAUGCAAGACAUCGUUAAUCCCCGUCAUCACCCAACCUCGUUCUCUCUACAGCGUCACUGUCGUUCCCCAUCGACCCUGAACGCGUCUUUAAAGACUCUAAUGGUGCCCUUGGAAAAUGUGUCACUCCAUAACUGACUUUAAUAAAUUGUUGCAUUUCUGAUGUC